CGCGUAAUUCUCUUGGCAAGGAGUAAAUCCACGUGAUGCAAUUUGAAGUUAGGCAAGGAGUAAAUGAAUAACGGGCAACUUCCAGUUAAAAUGCUUUCAAAUAAUUGCCCUGACAACAUAUCUCUUCUUUCCGCUCUGCUAUUCAAACACGAAUUCAAACCUUACAACUUGCCCCAAAAAAACACAAAGUAACCAGGGUUCAACGAAGAGAGAUUUCAUAGCAUACGUACAUCAUAAUGGAGUCUCCCACAGAUAAUCAGCACAGCAAUAACAGAGCUUCAAUAUUUGGAUGGAUUACUCGAAGAAAGGUUCAAGAAUCUACAUCAGCUUAUGCUGAGGAUAACAGAAGUCAGCAGGCCCUGAUUGGAAAAGAAUUGGAAGAAUCAUAUUCUUUGUCAGCAGUUAUUUUACCAUUUUUGUUUCCAGCAUUAGGGGGAUUGCUAUAUGGUUAUGAUAUCGGUGCCACAUCUGGUGCAGAGAUUUCGAUAGAGUCAGCUGAAUACAGUGGGACAAAUUGGUACAACCUGUCAUCUAUUGAAGAUGGUCUUGUGGUGAGCGGCUCCCUUUUUGGUGCUCUAAUUGGCUCUAUUAUUGCUUUCAAUGUUGCAGACAUAUUAGGAAGACGGAGGGAAUUAAUUGUUGCAGCUAUGUUCUAUACAAUUGGAGCUUUGGUUACAGCAUUGGCGCCAGAUCUUAUUGUGCUUAUAAUUGGACGGUUUGUAUUUGGCAUUGGGAUAGGUUUGGCCAUGCACGCAGCUCCAUUGUACAUUGCAGAGACUUCUCCACCUCAGAUUCGGGGAAGACUAGUGUCUCUGAAAGAGUUUUUCAUAGUUCUGGGAAUGCUGUUGGGUUAUCUUGUUAGUAGUUUAGCUGUUGAUGCUGUUGGAGGAUGGCGUUACAUGUAUGGAUCAAGUAUCCCGCUUGCUAUAAUAAUGGGGUUUGGCAUGUGGUGGCUGCCACCAUCCCCACGUUGGAUCCUUCUUCAAGCUAUUCAGGGUAAGGGGAAUAUGGAAGAUCUUAAAUGUAAGGCAGCUUCUAUUUUAAAUAGAUUAAGAGGUCGCCCUGUGGGUGAUGUGGUCUCUGACGAACAAAUAGAGGAAAACUUAAGAUCUAUACAAGAUGCAUAUCAAGAUCAAGAACUGGAAGCUAGUUUUUGGGAAGUUUUUCAGGGAGGCAGUUUGAAGGCCCUCAUUAUUGGCGGAGGUUUGGUUUUCUUUCAGCAGAUUACUGGACAACCAAGUGUGCUCUACUAUGCGGCCACAAUUCUUGAGAGUGCAGGGUUUUCAGCAGCAUCUGAUGCCACUCGAGUUUCGGUAGUUAUUGGUUUAUUCAAGUUACUCAUGACCGGAAUUGCUGUUAUGGUGGUUGACAAGCUUGGUAGGAGACCUCUAUUAAUCACAGGUGUAACUGGCAUGGUUGUAUCUUUAUUCUUACUUGCAGCUUACUAUGCCUAUCUUGGGAGUGCACCUGUUGUGGCAGUGAUUGCGUUAUUGUUGUAUGUUGGAUCCUAUCAAGCAUCUUUUGGUCCCAUUGGUUGGUUGAUGAUCUCAGAAAUUUUCCCACUUCGUACUCGAGGUCGAGGAUUAAGUAUUGCAGUCCUGAUCAACUUUGCUGCAAAUGCAUUAGUUACAUUUUCUUUCUCUCCAUUGAAGGAUUGUCGCAAUUGGAUAGCUUCUGAACAACGAAAGCAUGGAGGGUCUCAGCCUAAAUCUAAUGUCGCUAAGCACACAAAGCAGAAAGAGUCUUCCUUUUAUGCCUUCAUGGCUAAAAGACUUGCAGACCCUGUGAAAUCUUCUGCUUGGUACUUUGAUUUUGGUGCUUUUCGACAUUUCACUCACAAGCGUGAUUGGUUUACAGAAUUCACUCCCUAUACUGAUUCAGUUAUUUUUGGAGGAGUUACUGUUGGUAUUGAGGAUCAUGGUCUUUACAGACUUGUGGAUAUAGGUGAUUCUCUUGAGCAUGCCUUCACAACAAAAUCCUCCUCUAUCUCCCUUCUAUGGCAUCGGCGAUAUGAUGAUCUGAACAUUCAUUAUCUUGCUCAGCUUGUUCGGGAAGAUUUAGUAUAG